GAACGCCUUUUCCCAUUAUUGCUGGCGAAAUUCUUCUCAGGAAACGUGCCCCGAUUGCUGGCUCCGACUUGGGUCUCCAUCGUCGUGUCUCUCUGAUUGUGCUUGGCAAUUUUAGCAUCACCAUCCAGUUGCCCCUGCUUUUAUCUUCCAUUCGACUAAAGCUUCUGUGUGGAAGGAGUUUCCAGGAUAAGCUCUGAUUCGCGGUGGAAGGAGUUAGUUUCGCGCUGGUUUGUCAACUGGUGUUGGUCUGGAAACUCUGGAGGUGGAGGUUCGAGGUUGACAUUUGCUGUGAGUUGUUCGUGGGUCUGGUCCCGUAGAAUUGUUCCGAUCAAGCGUAAAUUUGACUGUGUUGCGACGCGGUUCUGGGGCAGGUGGUGAAUAUGGAGGAAUUCUGCGCCGUGGCUGAGUUAGCGGAGUUGAUCGCGCUGUAGAGUGUCCUGAAGGAGGAGUGCUGAUUUUUGAGUGUUGUUUAUGAUAUCCGUCGCUGACGGAUUCGCAGUAGUGUUUGGGGUCAGAAGUGAUGUGACGCGUCGCUGUUGAGUGCUGAAUGUUGAUAGUUGAUUGGUUCAAGAAAGCCGGUUGAGUUGAGGGAAGCUUGAGUGGCUUCUUUGUGACGUGAGGUUGGUGCAUUGUUGUGCUGAAAUGCUCUUGAGGUUUGUUUUUGAAGAGGAGACCAGCCAUGGGUGCCUUUCGAGCCGAUGUAGUGCAGGAAAAGCGAGUAGUUCAGCUGGUUAAGAAAUGCGUAGCUCAAUACGAAGCUAAGAAAACCGCGGAGGUAUGGUGUCAAGAGGCCCUUCGGUUGACAUCAGCAGUCCUUACAGACGCGGCUUCGGUUAAGGCGUUUCUUGGACGAUGGAAGGCUAUUGAAAACCGUCUGUCGCAAUUGCCUGCUCUUUUCACUGAAAUGUCGCACCUUCAUUGUCUUUCUGAAAAUGCAGCAUGCAAGAAACUUUUGAAGACUUUGACCGAAACUUUGGAGGAAGCCCGCUGUCUUGCGACGAAAUGUACAGCGUUGAGCUAUGGGGGUAAACUCCAAACUCAAAGUAACUUGGAUUCACUGUGCGGAAAGCUUGACUUUCACAUUCACGACUGCCAGUUGGUGAUUACCAGCGGGAUUAUACAUGAGAAUCCCUUAGCUAUUUGUCGUGUUACUCCUGAGUCUGUCCGCGAGGCUAUGCGGUGGACCGUGAGGAACCUCCUUUCGCAUCUUCAAGUUGGAAGCACAGACUGCAAACUUGGAGCCCUUGACAGAAUGCUUCGGCUUAUGUCCAAUGACGAUAAGAACAUUUUGAUGAUUGCGAGCCAGGGUGGUGUGACAGCCCUGGUGCAUCUCUUGGACUCCAGUCAGCCUGCUAUCACGGAAAGAGCGGCCGCCGCCAUCUAUCUGCUUGUUCUCAACGACAGUUGUGAGCAUGCGAUCGUAGCAGAAGGGGGCAUUGCACCUCUUGUUCGCCUUUUGGAUUCUGGUUCUUCUCGCGCUCAGAAAAGCGCAGCAGCCGGGUUGCAAGUUUUGUCGAUUUCAGAUGAGAAUGCCAGGACGAUUGCAGCGCACGGAGGAGUUCCUGCUUUGAUAGAGGUCUGCCUAGCGGGUACACCAAGUGCGCAAGCUGCCGCCGCGGGAACGAUACGAAACCUUGCAGCUGUUGAAGAUCUGCGAAGAGGCAUUGCUGAAGAUGGUGCUAUUCCGAUCCUCAUCAACUUAGUAUCAUCUGGGACAUAUAUGGUGCAGGAGAAUGCGGCUGCCACAUUGCAAAACCUCGCAGUCACUGACGACAGCAUCAGAUCGAUAAUCGUCGAAGAUGGAGCCGUUUAUCCCUUGAUCAGAUACCUAGAUAGCUCCUUGGAUGUACAUGCACAGGAGAUUGCGUUGGGGGCGUUGCGCAAUUUAGCAGCCUGCCGGGAUAACGUUGAUGCUCUGCACAAUGAGGGUUUCUUAUUACGCCUAGCCAAUUGCCUCUGUGCAUGUAAAAUAUCUGUACAACUGGUUGCAACUGCUGCAGUUUGUCACAUGGCCUGUUCUACGGAGGCUAGGAGGUCUUUGGGGAAAGCUGGCGUGAUUGGUCCCUUGGUGAAACUUCUCGAUGCGAAGUCUGCUACAGCACAGGAGUAUUCUGCGCAGGCCUUAGCUCUUCUUCUCCUCGAUGAAGAGAACCGAAAAUAUUUUCUCGCUGAAGACUGGGGAAUUGUUGGGUUAGUCUUGUUGUUGGACAUACGCUACAAGGAAGUUAAGAAGCAGUUUCCAAUCGCAGCACUCCAGGCUCUUUCAGGAAAUGCCAAGUGCAGAAAGCAGAUAGUGACUGCUGGUGCUUGUUACCAUUUGCGCCAGUUGGCGGAUAUGAAAGUUACGGGCGCUAGAAGACUACUGGAUAGAUUGGGCACUGGCAAGCUAAGAAGUAUCUUUUCCAAGACUCUAAUGAUCCAUGCGUUCACCACUUGAUGAGCACAGUUGUUCUCAAAAGCGAAUGGGAAGUAGUUGUUUGUUUUUUCUUAAAAAAACAAACCAUUCAACAUCAUGAAUGUGUAGGCAUCUCAAGUUCUGUGCAGGACCAUAUCAAGUUGUGCCAUAGAUACAUCCCCGAAUCUGUUCCUUCGAACUUGAGGAGACAACGAUACAUAGAUUAGUUCUGGGGGCAUUCAUUCAAAUUCAAUAUUUCAGCUGAUGAUUGGAUUCAGUUGUUGCAUAGGAAACUGAGUAAAGCUUCUACGAGCUGGCACGGUAGGCAGCAGGGUCAAGUGUUUCCUCCUUUUGUAGUUUUAGGAGCUAUUGUGCAGUUAACAUUAGAAAAUAAGCAGCCGAUGACAUGUCAGAAUUGUACAACAUUAUCAAGAUUUUUCUGACCCCUUCUCUUUCAAACCUC